UCCUCGUGCCUUUAAGAUAUUUUGUGUCGGCGGGCAGGGCCCGCCUUUAAGCGCCGCGCUGGAGCUUCGGCCACGUCACCGAGAGGGAGAGGCGCCGCAGCCGCGAGUUCGCUCCGGGUCCGGACAAGUUGGUCGGAGUGAGUCGGGAGCGAUGAACGUGUUCAGGCUGGCGGGAGACCUCUCCCAUCUCCUCGCCAUUCUCAUCCUGCUGGUGAAGAUGUGGAGCACCAAGUCCUGUGCUGGUAUCUCCGGGAAGAGUCAGGUUCUCUUUGCGCUGGUGUUUACGACCCGAUACUUGGAUUUAUUCACCUCAUUUAUCUCUGUCUACAACACCACCAUGAAGAUCAUAUUCCUGCUCAGUGCCUACAUAACCAUCUACCUGAUCUACAUAAAGUACAGUUCAACCUUUGACCGAGAAAAUGACACAUUCCGGGUGGAGUUUAUCCUGGUCCCUGUCGCUGGUCUCUCCUUUCUCGUGAACCAUGACUACGCUGCACUGGAGAUUUGUUGGACAUUCUCCAUUUACCUGGAAUCAGUUGCCAUACUGCCACAGCUCUUCAUGAUCACCAAAACUGGUGAAGCAGAGACUAUCACCACUCACUACUUGUUUUUUCUGGGAGUGUACCGGGCUCUAUAUCUUGCCAACUGGAUCUGGCGUUACCAGACAGAAGGGUUCUUUGAUCAGAUUGCAGUGGUGUCUGGUGUUGUCCAAACCAUCUUUUACUGUGACUUCUUCUACCUCUACAUCACUAAAGUGCUGAAAGGAAAGAACUUGGGCCUCCCCUUACCCGUCUGAAACCAGCACUAGGCACCACACCAGAGUGCGCAUGUACAACAAGUACAAGUGAAAGCUGGAAAUGGUUUUUAAUGAAAUGGAAUUUAAAUAUCAUAAGCAGAGAUGGCAACAGGAGUAUGUGGGUGCUCAUAAUGGCAUUCAUCUUCAACCAUGUAAUUAGCACAGCUGUCAACCUGCAAGCUUAAUCUGCAAAAUGGCCAAUUCUCUCUACCAAAGCCCCUCAACUAUCUCCUGACCUAUUUGAUUGCUUUUUGAGCCCAAAGCUCUAUUCCCACCUAACAAUUAAAGAUCUUUUUACUUUUAAUAGUCAAAGGUCCCUUCUGAUUAUGUGACCCAUGAUAUCUCUUGCUGACCAUUAUGCAGCAAAAGUCCAGUCUGAACACAGGGUGUUUAUAUUUUUUAAAAAGUGACCAUUUUUCUUGAAGUUAUACUUAUCCAUAGAGCAGCACACUCCUAUACCCCAACUUGGCACAAAAAGAAAGCCAGAAGGGAAAAUGAGCAUUUUAAAAAGCUGAAUUACACUUGGGAGAAAUUAAGAUAAUUUACACAGAACCACCACAGGUACAAUAGCAGGAACAUUUCAGCUCUCUGGUGUAUGUGACAUUUAAUGGACUAUUUAACUGUGUGGUCCUGUUUUGAAUAGCCCAAUUUAUUCCAGAUUACACUUCCCUCCCUUAUUUAGGGCCAGAAUGCUCACUCUAAUCAUAACCCAGGGAACAAUUUGCCUAGAUCACUUUUACCAAUUAUGCUUUAAUUUAAAAUAUUCAUUAACAACACUCACCAUGAAGGCAGCAGACGUUAUUCCUGGAGUACAGGGCAGGAUAACCCUCAAUGUGGGUGUUGCCUGGUCUGUGAUGAAUGCAGCUGUGGCUGGAGUCAGGUCUACUACAUGAAGUUUACAUGGUUCAAGUACAGCCAACUGUGAUCAGAGCAGAAGUCAGACAUCUCUUUGCCUUGUCCAUCAAAUGCUUAAUACUUUGUAUUUCUAUUAUAACUUUUGUAAAAGCACUAAUAUAACCAUCACUGUAUCUGCCCGAAA